UUUAUUUUCUACACAUAUAUACACACACACACACACCGUUUCUCUGAUUCCUCCUAGUGUCCUAGUCCUUGGCAUCCUUAGGAAAGGAUUAUGAAUGCCGCCGUUUGUGUGGUGGUCACUGUACCCACAGAGGCCGAGGAGCAACGCCUAAAUCCACGUGUCUGCUCCCUGUGCGGCUGCUCUUUGCUGGAGGGCAAGGGCUCCUUGGAGCUAUGCAAACGCUGCUGGCAAUUGAGUCACAUCUCUGGCAAUGGCCUGGAUGCGCCGCAGAAAAGUGCUCGCACUGCCACUCCUCGUGACCGAACUUUGCCUCUGAACAAGCUCAGGGAGAAUGCCUCUCUGGAGCAACUGUUGCGUGCCAUUGCCGAGGAGUUGUGCCUGGAGUGCAAUGUCUUUUGGUCGCAGGAUUUGAGUGGACGGCAGCUUCAAGCCCGCUUCGAUUUGCAGCAGGAUGAGCGAUUCGAGCGAUUGCUAUGCACUCUCCAGGACUGGGGUGUGGGCGAACGUCCUGGCACCCAUGUGAGUGCCAUCAAUUGUCUGGAGACCAGGGAUAAGCCAACGGAUAAGGUGCACCAGCACCAGCACCAGCAGCAGUUGCAGGAUCUUUCAGCUAGCAAUACAGGAGACUUGAAGCAGGAGCAGGAGCAGCAGCAGCAGCAGCAGGAGCAGCAACUCGUCUCGGAUAAACUCAGCCAGGAAUCGGGAUACAAACCCAGUCAGAACCUGAACCAAGGCUGGCAGAGUUUCAUGGACUCGGUGCGUUGCCGCUUGAAUGUGAACCAAGUGGUGCGCCAGGUGAGGCGCGAUGCCACUUUGACCUUUGACUUUGUGGUUCUCCUCAUUUCGGCUGCCCUGCUCUCCUGCGUGGGUCUGGUGGAGAAUAGCUUCCUGUUCCUGUCCAGCUCCAUGCUGAUAUCUCCGCUAAUGGGACCGAUUAUAGCGGCCAUCUUUGGUUCAGUGAUCGGCGACCGGGAUCUCUGCUGGCUGGGUCUGAAGAAUGAACUCCUGGGCAUUGCCGUGUCCGUGGCAAUUGGCUUUGUCUUUGGUGGCAUUGUCUGUGGCUUUGGCUACUUCUUUGCCAUCUCCACGGGUCUCACCGAGGAGAUUGUGUCCCGUUGCGACACUCAUUCGCUGGCCAUCAAUGUUUGCACUGCCUUGGCCUCGGGAGCUGCUGGGGCAAUUGCUGUCUUGGGCGGAAAUACCGGCUCCCUGGUGGGUGUGGCCAUUUCCGCUUCCUUGCUGCCACCGGCGGUAAAUGCCGGCCUCCUAUCGGCCUUGGCCAUUGGCACUAGAUUUUUGGCUCCCGAUCAUGAACUCCUGCAGAGUUUGCAAAAGCACAAGACGUACUCGGAUCAUUUGCCCAUCGAACUGAUGGUCUGUGCCGGUGUUAGCAUUGCUUUAACUCUGCUGAAUAUCGUUUGUGUGUGGCUAAUGGGUGUGGUGGUGCUGCGCAUUAAGGAAGUGGCUCCGGCGGUGCAGAGGAAUCAGCAUUUUUGGCAUCAUGAUCUACGCACUGCCCGGGAGGUUGCCCUCCUGGACCCGGCCCUGCAGAAUGCCAUCGAUCAGCUGGAUGAGAGUCAAGCGGGUGCGGCCACCAGUGUCCAGGAACCAGGACCCGGUUUGAAUAAUUACCACACGGUUCAUGGUUUCAAGGAGUUCUGCCUGACGGUGCAUCGCUUGAAUAAUGUGAAUGCCAAGGAGGCGUCACAGCAGCCACCAUUGCCCAGUGUCAUGGAGUUGUUUGCUCCCCUCCAGGUGGAGGAGGAGACCCAGAUCGAGGAGCAGUCUCGCAACGAUACCAGCCAGAGUGUCCUCAUUCAGCCGCAGUCCAUGGAUAAUGUCAGUGGGAAUAUGGUCUGUGGCACUUGCCAGAGUUUGCCCAAUCUCCGGCCUCUGGGCAGUGAGAUGAGUCUGCCCAGUCUGGGCUCUGUGGCUGGCAAGGAUCAGCGCCAGCGGAAGACAGGACAGGUGCUGAUACCAUUGCCCAAUCUGCAGCCAAAGGAGGCAGUUUUGGAUCGACCAUUGAAUCUCCUAGACUUUGGCAAAAGUCUGGUAGGAGAGCCAGGGGAAAUGCACGAUGAGUUUCAGGCUUAGUUUCCGGAGAAGGGGAAGGGGAAGGGGAAUAAAGUCCUUUUCCUUUCCAGCAUAAAAAAAAGGAAAAAGGAGAGCAAAGUAAACAGUCGGGUUGCAAGGAUGCCCCUUCUCCUGGUCCUGGCUUUGAUUACCGCCACAGGAUGUCUCUGUUUGUCAACCACUCCAAAAGACCCAGGAAUUGGCGGUGACAACACAAAAAUGCAGAAAUAAAACUCACAAAAAAACAAAAAAAUAUAUAUAGACACCUGACAAAAAACCAAGAAA